AGCACCAACAUCGGUCACAAGAAGUUAGCAAUAUGGCGGACUCCCGACACGUCAUAAUAUGUGCACUAGUUGUAGUUGGUGCACUUUGUUCCAGACCGAGUGUUCCCGAGGGUAACGACGACGAUAUAUUAUAUAUCGAUAAUGAUAUUGUACUAGGGAUGGGUCCACCAACUUGUGACUAUUCUAAAGGGAUAUAUAACCCCAAUUUAAUACCAGAUACAGAGUGGCCGUUUUACGUACGAAGUAACGCUGUACAAACUCGAUAUAUAGUUCCAGUUAAUAUGGGUCUUCAUAGGUGGCCGAUUCAUGCAGCUUAUGUAUGUGUCAAAAUGCCAAAAAAUAGUAAAUCGCAAGUAAAGUUUGUUAAAAUAUCGGUAAAGAAUAAGGUGGCAGUUGUGACAAUCAGAUUAAAAAAUGCAACACGAGAAGAUGUACCAGUAUCAAUCCAAAUAUUCAAUAAAGUAUCCAACUCUAAACAUACAUCAUUAGAUAUAGACAAUCUUGAUGAUAGUGAUGUUAAAAAAAAUGAAAUUGAUUCUGCCAUUGACUUCGUUGUCUGGGAAUAAAGACUUCCA